AUGGAUCCUGAGUUUGAACAACGUCCCGAUGCUGCUGGAAUUAUGGGUCACUCACCGCACAUGAAAAUGAUUGUCGUCAUGAAGUGCUUGUGCAAGGCCGCUCCAUCCGAUAGUAUUGAAGAUUAUACGGCAGUGGGUGCGCAUACCAUCUACAGGUAUCUGAAGAGGUUUCUUGAUGCACUGUUGUUUGGUUUUAAUGAUAGAUACAUGCGUCGACCGUCACAGGAUGAUACGAAUAGAUCGGGUAUACAUUAUUCAGGCCAUAAGAGAGCACCCACGGUCAUCUUAGAGGCGGUUGCUUCUUUCGAUAGAUGGUUUUGGAAUGGAUAUUUUGGAAAGCCAGGGUCACACAAUGAUAUCAAGGUUUUAAACCAUUCUGAUAUGUUUGAUGACGUAAAUAACGGUGUCGCCCCUCGGUGUGAAUUUGUCGUAAACGGGAACAUGUACCAUGAAGGUUACUACUUGGCUGAUGGUAUAUAUCCAAGGUAUAAAGUACUCGUGGUUGCUUACAAAGAAACGACCCUAAGCCUAAAAAAGAAACUCUUCAAUACAUACCAAGGGUCCAAGAGGAAAGGUGUGGAAAGAGCUUUUGGUACUCUCAAACGCAAAUUUGCUAUUAUGAAUAAUCCGUGUAUGUAUUGGAAAAAAUCAGAUAUGAAAUCAACAAUGAGAGGAUGCAUGAUGAUGCACAACAUGGUUGUGGAGAAUGAAUAUCGUGCACAGAAUUGGGGAAUGAUGGAGGAUCAACCAACUCAACCAGUAGCGGGUGAACUGAGAAUGCCAGCCGGUGUUCUUGUGGACCCGAUUACAUGGGAAAGACUGAGGUUGGAUUUGACAAAGCACAUUUGGGAGCGUCAUGGGGCUGGUUUCCAAGAAAACGCACCGAUUAUUAUAGACAACCCUGAAGACGUGCACAUGGAUUCAGAAGACGUUGACACUCAACAUGAUGCAUAUCCUCUUGAAGCAGAGGUAUACCGGAACUUUUUGGAGGAUGGAGAGUAA